CCCGGUACCACCACCCACGCCUGCCGGCUCGCCCCCGCUCCCCGGCCUUCCCUUCGGCGCGCGACACGGCCCGCGCGCACGCCAACGCCCGCUCAGCCUCGUCGAGAUCCCCAAGCGCACAAGCAUCAUCAUGGGGUUUAAGCCUGUCGAGAUCCGGCCUCCGCGCGCGCCGCUCGCCAACGCCGGCGGUAGCGGCGGAUCCUUGACGCCAGUGGACGUCCGCUCGUGCCCUUCUCCGCCGCCCCCGCCGCCGACGUCGCCGUCGUCUGGCGCCCUCCCGCAGUAUGACCUGCCCUCGACGAGCACGUACACGAUCGCCGCGACAGCCCCCGGCCUCCCACCCGGCGCUGCGCCGCCGAUCACCGCGCCGAUACGCUUCGCGCGGACCCAGAGCUACGACGCACUGUCCCGGUCCGCGGCAGCGCGGUCUGGACGCCCCAUGUCGAUGUACUCCACCCCCGAGGCGGGCACGAGCACCCCCGUCCUCGUAUCCUCCGCGCGCUCAUGGGCACUCCAUGACCUGCCGGAGAAACCCAGCCCGUCGGCUCCGCCACCGCGCGACCCGCUCCCGCGCGACGCUGAGCCCGAACCAGCGACCCAGAGCCCCAAGAGCCCCAAGUCAGAGGGCGGUGGCAUGCUGGCAUUUCUGAGCCGUAUACUCAAGGGAAGGAAAAAGUCGACGACGACGACGACGGUGACGCCGUUUCCGAUCGUCAUGCCACUGCCUGCGGCGGCGCCGAGACGUGCGGCGUCCGUGUCAACACCCAACCUCGGCACGUCGCUCCCAACACCGCCGCGGACUCCACCGCGCCGCGAGAGUGUGACGGGCCACACGCACUCGGUGUCUGAUACCGAAGGGGCCGGGACGUCGGCUAUGCGCCAGAAGUCCUUGCCGUCGUUCUUAUCUCUCCCACCGACCCCGCCGAACGGCGUCGCGGCGCUUAGCACUGCCCAGACGCCGAACGACCGCCUCAGCCCUGGCCCACGCCCCAACACCGACGAGGGCACCCAAGAUCCCCAGUCUAUUGCGUCGAGUGCGUCAGCGUCCCCUCCCGCCCCGGCGUCGCCGGGAGGAGGGCGGACACACCCGCACCGCCGCUCAGUAGUGUUUACCACGCCCCCAGGGAUCCUGCUCAACAAGGGCGAGGGCACCGUCUCGCGCAAGCUGCAGAAGAAGCGAAAGUAGAGUGAAGCGCCGAUUGACGAUUAGAGAUUGUGAGAGAACGCAACGCCGACACCACGCCAGGAGAGGGCGCCAUAGAGGGCAGUGCCGACGCCCGCCACGCCCAGUUGUACACAGGACCAUGUCACCGCUGGAUCGAGGUCACGCAGAGCGAGGGCGUGGGAGCGGGCCAGUCUGGAUGGGUAUAAAGGUGCUCGCCUCGCCACUGAUCUGUUCACUCGCCCACUAACUCUAGCGACAUGUACAACCCCAACCAGGAUCCCGAACCACCCUUCCCUUGGCAGAGGCGCUGGGACGCCACCCUCAACAAGUACGAAUACACCAACACGCGCCAGUGGUACCACCCCCUCACGGCGCAGAUGCAGGCGGGGCAGGGCCAGGCAGCGAGCUACUACGGCGCGCAGGGUGGUCCUCAGCAGCAGCCGGCGAGCGGCGGCUACGACCAGCAGCAGCAGUACCAGCAGCAGCAGCAACAGCACCAGCAGGGAGCCUACCCUGCCCUCGACAGCCGCGUGCCGGGCGCAGCGGACCCCAACUCACCCGGUGCGCCCGGCGAGCGCGGCUUCGGCACCGUCCUGGCGGGUGGGGCGGCGGGCGCGGUCUCCGCCGUCGCAGCCAACAAGUUUAUGGGGCGCAAGGACGACAACACCAACCCCAAUGCCCCGCCACCCCAGAAGCAGGGCAUGUUCGGCACGCUCGCGGCGGGCGGUGCCGCGGGCGCGGGCGUCGCGCUGCUCGGCGAGCUGAUCAAGAAGAAGCGCGACAAGGACGACGACGACGACGACAGGCCGCAGCACCACCAGCAACAGCAGGGGUACGGCCAGCCGCACUCGGCCCCGCCGUACGGCUACGGCCCUGGCCCCGGCGUCGGUCCCGGCCCCGGCUUCCAGCAGCAGCAACAGCAGCAGAUGCUCGGCCCGGCGGGCGUGGCGGGCGGGUACGGCUACGGUCCCGGCCAGCAGGGCCGCGGCCGCUCGCCCGGCGGCCACAGCCACACCCACGGGCACGGGCACCACGACCACCGCCGCGAGCGCAAGUCGCGCUCGCGCGGCAGCUCGUCGUCGUCCGACGACUCGCGUAAGGGCAGCAGCAAGAAGGACAAGCGCCGCGGCGGCGCAGGGGCGCAGUACGGUGGCAACGUCGCGUACGGCGGCGGCGGGGGCUAUGUCGGUGGAUACUGAGCACGAGCGAGGCGUGAGGCGUGAGGGCGAGGAUGAUACAUGAUCGACAGAGGUACGAGGAGCCACACGAGAACAUUGUACAUACAUGCAGCGAG